AGCUUAUAAAAUUCUUACUUAUGUUAAUCAGCUACAAGCUCAACAUUAAAUGAAAGAUAUCUACAAGCUCUCUAAUUCUCAAAAAUACUGACUUAGGUUCUUGGAAAAGCAUAGACCAUCUGUUUGUGCUGUUACAAUUCUGAUAGCUAUCGUGUACAAGGUGUGUAACUACUGGGAAAUUGACGUUCAGUGGAAGCCAAUGUGCGAAGAGGAAUGGGCGCAGUAUGAGAUCAUUCCGGGACCAUUGACUGCUUAUCACAAUUAUCGAUUUUGGUGGAUGUUCAUCACACGAAAUGCACUCGAUCGAAUUUUGCCAUUUUUUGUGCUUGUGGCCAUGAACUACCUCAUCAUCAGGGUAUGUGUAGUUGACAUUGAACAUGUAUGUGAGGGUUCCUACUACCUUACUCACUCAUUUGGUAAACAUUUGACCACCUUCUAG